UGCAGUGCGGCAGUCGGUACUUAGCGGAGCCCGGCCGGGCUGUCCCUGCGUCUCACACGGCAGAGGGCGGAGACGCGAUGGAGCGAGCCAGGGAUCGCUUACAUCUGAGAAGAACUACAGAGCAGCACGUGCCAGAGGUGGAAGUCCAAGUGAAACGUAGACGAACGGCUUCCUUGAGCAACCAAGAGUGUCAGCUGUACCCAAGGCGUUCUCAGCAGCAACAAGUUCCUGUGGUGGAUUUCCAGGCAGAGCUGAGACAGGCGUUCUUAGCUGAGACACCGCGAGGUGGUUAAAGAGUGUUGGAACAUUAAGGAGCUGUUGCAAAGAAAAAACCAAGACUCCACCUGCUGUUUGUGAAACUUCUGAACACCUUGCGUUGCCUCUAGGAGAAACCGCAUCAUACCU